AGCUGAGGAUGGAGCAGAGAGGGAGAAGCGCCGCCGCUGCACUCUCACACCGCGGGCAGCAGACACCUUUAAAACAGCCCUUCUACAUCUAAGGACCUCCCUUUAAUUCACACACAGACUCUCGGCUUCUUUUUUUCCAUUCAUCUCAAACGCUGACAUCUCUUCCACUUCACCCCUCCGUCUGUCAACACACCGGCUGCGACUGUCUGUCAGCGGGGGAAAGCCAAAGACAGUCCCGUUGAAAAACACUCAGAAAAACACAUCACGAUACAGGUUUGAGCCGGACGCACCUUCUGCCGGACUGUCACUGCUUCAAUCGAUAUGGAUGAAGACAAUCACGUUCCUGAGGAUUUGUCCCUGGAGGAGAGGGAUGAGCUGUCAAACAUCCGACGCAGGAAGAGAGAGCUGCUCGAUGAUAUUGAGAGGUUGAAGUUUGAGAUAGCUGAGGUCAUGACGGAGAUCGAGCAGCUGACGUGUGUUGGAGAAAGUAAAACAACCCAGAGAAAUAAGCAGAUUGCCAUGGGCAGGAAGAAAUUCAACAUGGAUCCAAAGAAGGGAAUACAGUUCCUGCUGGAGAACGACCUCCUUCAGCACACCCCCGAAGACAUCGCACAGUUCCUCUACAAAGGCGAGGGCCUCAACAAGACUGUCAUCGGAGACUACUUAGGCGAGAGGGAUGACUUCAACAUCAAGGUGCUUCAGGCUUUCGUGGAGCUGCACGAGUUUGCAGACCUUAACCUCGUCCAAGCACUACGGCAGUUCUUGUGGAGUUUCCGUUUGCCAGGUGAAGCCCAGAAGAUCGACCGUAUGAUGGAGGCCUUUGCCUCACGGUACUGCCAGUGCAACCCUGGAGUCUUCCAGUCAACAGAUACCUGCUACGUGCUGUCAUUCGCUAUCAUCAUGCUGAACACCAGCCUACAUAAUCCCAACGUCAGAGACAAGCCCCCUGUGGAGCGCUUUAUCUCCAUGAACAGAGGCAUCAAUGAAGGAGGAGAUCUGCCAGAGGAGCUUCUCAGGAACCUUUACGACAGCAUCAAAAAUGAGCCCUUCAAAAUCCCAGAGGAUGAUGGGAAUGAUCUGACGCACACAUUCUUCAACCCCGACAGAGAAGGCUGGCUCUUGAAGCUCGGCGGCAGGGUGAAGACGUGGAAGAGACGGUGGUUCAUUCUGACCGACAACUGCCUCUAUUACUUUGAAUACACAACAGAUAAAGAGCCUCGUGGGAUUAUUCCUCUGGAGAACCUUAGUAUCAGAGAGGUGGACGAGCCCAGGAAACCUAACUGCUUUGAGCUCUACAACCCCAACCACAAAGGUCAGGUGAUCAAGGCCUGCAAGACAGAGGCAGACGGGCGGGUUGUCGAGGGCAACCACGUAGUGUACAGGAUAUCGGCCCCCACGCCGGAGGAGAAGGAGGAGUGGAUCAAAUCCAUCAAAGCAAGCAUCAGCAGGGAUCCUUUCUACGACAUGCUGGCCACCAGGAAGCGGAGGAUAGCCAAUAAGAAAUGAUAACCGCCCACCAUCAGCCACACCUGCAUCACCAACAUGUCUGUGACCAGCAGAGUCCUCCUGUGUGUGUGUGUGUGUGUGUGUGUGUGUGUGUGAGUGUCGUUACGGGGGACAUGAAGGCCUCCCUUUUGUUCUUUCAGGGCUGGAGGACGAGCAGCAGACACAGGUGGAUCAAGUUCAUUUCCACCUGAAGAAUAUCUGCGCCUCAAUUCUUGGUUGAUGUGAGAAUGUGACGGUUUUAUUUAAUCCGGCGCUGACUUUGAACACUGAUGUGCCAUUUGGGUGAGACUUUAUGGAGAAGCUGGAUGAUAAUAAAUGAAGAAAAGGAUAAGGACAACCGUUUUCUAGAGCAACAGCCAUGAGGAGUCUUUUGCCAAGCGUGGCUGUGAUGAGAUCGCCCUCUGCUGGACACACACGGAAUUAAAUGUACUGUACUGCACUAACGCAGCGUGAGGAUUUGAAACCUGAACAUCCAUCCUUGUAAUAUGGUACCCAGACCAGCUCGCCUGGUUGGUUUUCUGCCAGGACUCCCAGAUGGCAGUCGACAUUUUACUAUCUUCACCUCACAUGACCUUCGACAACUGCCAACACUAACAAUGUUUUGUAGUAUCCCGUAACUACAGGAAGCCUCUCAAGCUUUUAAAUCAGCUGGUCUGAUUGUUAGCCCUCAAGUGACUGUAUCUGUAUAUGCAAACACACUGAUUUAUUCUAAUAGGAAGAAACUGAGGCUCAUAUACUUUUUCAUUUACAGUACGCUCCCUCUUUAAAGGCGAAGAAACUGAUGCAGGUUGAGGAAUAAUACUUAACAUAUAUUGAGUGUAAUGACCCUUUUACGUGGCCACAAUUAUAAACUGUCAUUUCAUGUCAUUUCAUGUAUUGAAGAUCCACCUCUGUGAUCAAGUUCAUUUCUUUUGUAUUUAUUUUCUUAAUUUGUUUAACAAAAGAGGCAGCCCCCCAAUUUACAUUAUGCAUGUAUAGUAUAUAAUGUACAUACUGUUUUUUUUUCCUUUGUUGUGUUUAUGUAGCAUGUAAAUCAUAACGGCCGUAGCCUAUACCCGUUCACCUUUUUAGUUCAAGAGCUAACAGUUUACAAUAGUGGAAGAGGGACUCUGUGCAGCUCUUUACAGAGCAGUGAAACCUCCUCACACUGUUAUUACUGAAGAUCAGAUAAUACAUGUUAUUAUGAAAGAAAAACUCACUAUUCUGAGUUUGACAAGAGAGUAUAGGACACAAGCGGGUUCAAAAUACCCUUGAAUACCGUGUGAAUGCUGACUGGAAUCCGAGGACUGUUUUUCCCAAACAGAUCAAGCCAACCUGCAGCCUAAUCUUUCAUUACUGGAUGUUUGAGUUUAAACAUGGCUUGAUGUGAGUUUGGGAAAACUGCCCCUGCAUACUUUGAAUAAAAAUACAUGCUGAUCAGAAAAACAAGUUUUUGUGUGCAUGUGAAUUCAGUGAGAUGGGCUCGACUUGCUAAGCUUACCAGGUCUUUGGUUAUUUCAAACAUGGAAACAGUGUUGUGAGUAAAAUGUAGAGUCAGCUGAGCCAUCCCGCUGACUGAAAUUGCUAGAAAAGUGUGUGUAUUUAACAAAACCUGAAUACAGAAGAGUGCUAUCC